GAAAUGCCCGUCUCGGUGUUUCUGACCGCUGGAAAGGUGCCGCAGCUCAAAUAGCGGGCUGGUAAAGGCGGAUUACCAAGGUUGUCGUUGCCGACUCGGAACUUUCAACGAUCCUUUCAGAGUCAUAUCUCACUCAACUUCAACUCGUAAUCUCAACUAGACUUUUGAAUCCAACAAAUUUCUCAUUUAGGACUAACAUAAAAGGACCAUCAACGUAGAUUCAGAACAUAAAACCAAACCCAUUCCGCUCUUCAGGUAUACAUUCACAACUUACAUCCGAGAGAUACGCCGCUAACUCUGCCCGCCAGACUCAACAAAUAUGUCGUACACGGCCCCUCCGCAACGCAUCACCUUUGAUGGCUUCCUCUUCGACAUGGACGGCACCAUCAUCGACUCAACAGAGGCCGUCGUGAAGCAUUGGCACACCGUCGGCAACGAAAUAGGAGUCGCGCCCGAAGUCAUCCUCGAGACCUCGCACGGCCGUCGUAGCAUCGACAUCUUGAAGAUUCUGGCCCCUGAAAAAGCAAAUUGGGAGUACACGCGUGAGAUGGAAGGCCGCCUUCCGAAACUCUACGGAGGAGAUGCCGUCGAGAUCCCUGGGGCAAGGGCACUCCUCGACGCCCUCAUCGCCAAAUCCGCUCCCUGGGCCAUCGUCACCUCGGGGACGGAACCCCUUGUGGGCGGGUGGCUCGACGCGCUCAAACUACCGCAGCCCCAACACCUCGUCACCGCCGAGUCCGUCGAGAACGGCAAGCCGGACCCGACCUGCUACCGCAUCGGCCGCGCGAAGCUCGGCCUGCAGGACGCGUCCAAGCAGGUGCUCGUCCUCGAGGACAGUCCCGCCGGCAUCAGGGCCGGUAAGGAGGCCGGGUGCAAGGUGCUGGGCCUCGUCACGAGCCACACCGUUGAGCAGGUCGCGGGCGCGGAGCCCGACUGGAUCGUCAGGGACCUCGAUUCCGUAAAGGUCGUGGAGAGUCGCGACGGUGUCGUCACGCUAGAGUUCACCGACGCCCUCGUUUCGAAGCCUUAGUACCGGCUGUCUGGCGUGAGGAAUGGAGGCUCUGCUAAUGAAUCGAUAGAGCAUGAAUAGACUUUGCUGGUAUAGACUUUAGUAUGACAACAUCGUACGCUUUUUUACCGUUCCCUUGGAACCGAACAAGUUCUUGGAG